CUCCUCCUCCUCCUCCUCCUCCUCCUCCUCCACUCCUUCCCCCCUCUCCUGUCAGAGGUGAUCCCUUCGUGCCUUGGCUGGUCACCCUGGGGUGGCCCGGCGGCUGCCGGCUCCAGAAGUGGGCGCGCCUGACCUUCGGGUCUUGCGCGGGGCUUUGGGACCAGGCCUGCGAUGCCAAAGGGGCGUCCGCGCUCUGCACGGGGAAGAUGCUGCUGCAUGCCCUCGACGAGUUCCUCCGGACCGCGGGCUGGCCCGCCGGCGCAGGCCGGAUCCUGCUCGCGUUGGACCUGCACGGGUGCGGAUUCGUCCAGAGGAGCGACCUCGAGUGGCUGGACAAGUGGGAGGUGCCCCCCUGGUUCGAUGCGGAGCCGGACCCCGCUGCCUGGUCCGAGCUGAGGCGCCUGCUGCUUCGGGAGCACGGCCAUCCGCUCCGGGCCUGGCGGCUGUUCAUGAGCAGAGACGAUUCGGGGACCAUAUGCUGGCAGGAGUUUCGCCGUGCCUGCAAGACCGUGAAUCCGCACGCGAACGCCGUCGGAGCGUGGCGCUACUUGGACCAAGACCAGUCAGGCGCGAUCAGCCUGCGGGAGUUUGACGCGGACGUGGCCGACACGUUGCAGUCCUUCAAGGACUGGAGCGACCUCAACUUCGGCUCCGUCACGUCCGCGCUUCGUGCCGUCGACGCAGACGGCAACGGUUUCGUGACCUACUACGAGCUGCAUAGAGAGUGCAGGCGGCUCAGGUGGCAGGGGAGCACUCGCGAGCUCUUCCGCUGCUUGGUGGCCAUCGCGCCCAAGGUCGCCAAGGACGUCGGCCCCAGCGACGGGGAUUGGGUCGGCCCUCAGGGUCGCAAGGCCGUCACGCUCAAGUCCCUGCGCUUCCUGGACAAGUGGCACGCCAUCUCUCACGUGCAGCAGGCAGGCCGUCACAGGCCGCUCAGCGACGUGGACGAUCUGCCGCCUGCCUCGCCGGCGGCGGCGGCGCAUCCCAGUGCCCCGGCGGAGGCACCGCCGCUCAAGGCGGCGGCGGGGCUGCGCCGUGCCACAUCCGAGCCCGCGGCGGCAAGCCCAGCGCCGCCGGCGCCGCUGCGGAGGCACGCGCCGAGCCCCGGGAGCCAGGGGGCCCUGCCGACGGCGUCCGAGCGGCAGAUGCGGGCCACGCUGCUGCUGCCCAAGGGGGUGGCGAGCACGCGCAAACGGCGGCUGCGGCUGUGCUCCCUGCCGCCCGUGCGGGGCGUGUCCGCGGUGGCUGGUCCCACGGUCGUCUUGGUGGGGAUGUGACGCUGGCCAGCCCGGACCGACCUCGGCGCGCCGGUCUUGUUCUCCUCCUCUCUCUGGGCGUGCCGUGAGCGCUCGUGUAACUGUUCAGGCCUGUGCGCGCAGGCCUACCGCAGUCGUAGUCAUCUGUUGCGUUCGGAUGGGGUUCCUCCAGGACACGGUGCACGGCGCGGAGGAGGCUUGUACGCCAGUUUUCCUCGGCGCGCUUGCAUUAUUCGGAAUGGAGGG